AUGAUCUCGAGAUUACCUUUUAGGUUAAUAGGGAGGUUUCAGUCUACUCUAGCUGCAACAGCUGUGCAAGCUAGGUCUGUGCCAAAUCUGAAACCAACUCCAACUCCAAUACAAAAAUUAAACGCUAUUGAAGAUAAGCAAUUACCCAGAUCAGUUGAGGCUGUUUAUCAUAAACCUUUAAAACAUCCAGUCAAGUAUGGUGAUCUUGUAGCAGACCUGCAAUUGCGUUCUUAUACUACCGAAAGUAUGGACUUCUUUGCAGACUUCAUAAUUAGAGUGGGAUAUUACUUGGGCAUGCCGAUGACUGGUCCAAAGCCAAUGCCCACAAGAAGGGAACGUUGGACAGUCAUAAAAUCGCCUUUUGCGCAAGCAAAGACGAAGGAAAACUUCGAAAGACAUACGCACAAGAGAUUAAUACGUGUCUGGGACACUAAUCCAGAAGUUGUAGAAAUUUGGUUAAGUUAUAUUACCAAGCACAGUAUACCUGGUGUUGGUUUAAAAUGUAACAUCUUUCAGCGUGAAGGUAUUGAGUUAGAAGAGUUGCCUAAAGACAUAAAGCUUCCAUCAACUGAAGAUGCGCAAACUUUGGACGAGGUAGUGGGCGCUAAAGUUGUUGAGCUUUUGUCAGACCCAGAAUUUAAAAAACACUUGUAA